UCGCGACUUUGCAUCGAUGAAAGUCGUCCGCGUGUCGGUACGGCGUGAUACGCCUCUCGCUUUCGCUCGCGCGGAUGCGUGACCCGGCGCGAAGUGGAACAGUGCUUGCGCGCCUCCCGGAGUCGUCGUUUCGCCUUUGUCGCCACGACGCGCGCCGGUCCGACCGACGGGGACGAUGUCUCGGGGAUACGCGACAUUCUGAAGCGCCGUCAAGGCGACCAGCAACCGCGUUUUAAUGUUCUGUUCUGUUUAUGAGACGAGUGCCGCGGUGAAAAAUUGAUGGAAUCGAGCGAUUAGCCAUCGAGUGCGCGGAGUGUCCUGUGAACUGACUUCGAUGGUCUUCGAAAAUAUUGAGAUGAGGAACCCUGCGGGGUUCCUGCUCGAGGACGCCAGGCACGGAUACAUCCAAUACAUUAGUCUGAGCGAAUGUUACUUCGCGGGCAAGGGAGCAGCCCUAGUUUUACCGCCGAACGAAAGGGCUCGUCCUUCGAGGCGAGUAUCGGCGGCAGGAUGCGAUAUUCAGCAACACUUACAGUCUAUGUUCUAUCUGUUGAGGCCCGAGGAGACUUUAAAGAUGGCCGUGAAACUGGAGUCGGUGCAUCCAGGAAGGACGCGAUAUCUCGUCGUCGUUUCCUGCACGGGAAGGCAAGACGCCGAAGAGAGUUGUCUUCUCGGUAUCGAUUGCCACGCCAGGGCGACCGUUGGUCUCGUACUCCGAGUUUUGGCAGACACCGCUAUCACUCUCGACGGCGAUGGGGGUUUCAAGGUCAGCGUUUGUGGCCGUCAACACAUCUUCAAGCCAGUGUCCGUUCAAGCCAUGUGGUCGGCCUUACAGACAUUGCACAAGGUAUCCGGUAAGGCACGCGAGCAAAACUAUUUUCUAGGUGGACUGUCGCAUGACUGGGUCAGUUACUAUGAGCAACGGAUCGAGAGCGAUCGCUCGUGCCUCAACGAGUGGCAUGCCAUGGACAAUCUGGAGUCCAAGAGACCACCGUCACCGGACAGCGUACGCACCAAGCCCAGGGAAAGAGAAGAAACCGAACGCGUGAUUCGAUCGACGCUAAAAGAGAUCAUGAUGUCAGUGGAUCUUGAUGAAGUUACUUCCAAAUAUAUUAGAGGUCGACUUGAAGAGGAUCUUGACAUGGACCUCGGGGAAUUCAAACCGUUCAUCGAUCAAGAGAUGCUUACCAUACUAGGGCAAAUGGAUGCACCAACCGAGAUAUUCGAUCACGUUUAUCUCGGGAGUGAAUGGAAUGCUAGCAAUCUAGAAGAACUUCAGAAAAAUGGUGUAAGGCACAUCCUGAAUGUCACUCGGGAAAUUGACAACUUUUUUCCGGGUAUGUUCACAUAUUUGAACGUACGUGUAUAUGACGAUGAGAAGACGGAUUUGCUGAAGCACUGGGAUAAUACAUUCAAGUAUAUUACUAAGGCCAAAAUGGAAGGCUCUAAGGUGUUGGUGCAUUGCAAGAUGGGAGUGUCUCGUUCUGCCUCUGUGGUGAUAGCUUAUGCGAUGAAGGCUUACAACUGGGAUUUUUCCCAGGCGUGGAAACACGUCAAGGAAAAGCGCAACUGCAUCAAACCUAACAACAGCUUCCUCCUGCAAUUGGAAACGUAUCAGGGUAUUCUAGAUGCGAUGAAAAAUAAGGAGAAGCUCCAGAGAUCCAAAUCUGACACGAAUCUGAAAUCUCCCACUUCCACAAAAGAUCAAUCAAAAAAAGAAGAGAAAUCAGAUAAUAUAGAGAACAAUAUGCGGGAGGUUUCAGGCUCGGAGUUGAAGAAAACUAGCCAGAGACCAAAGAGUUGGUCGCCGAAUGUCAAAGUUGCUGAAAAUAUGUUACCUUCCGUUCCCUUGUCGCAGUCAUUGGAAAGUAUUGAUAAAGCAGGAAAUACGGAAGUUACUCGGGAGGAUCUUCUUCGUGGCUCGAAUCAAAAACCAGCAUUAGAACAGGAAGCUCGUAACGUUCUAAUGCCCUGCGACAAUGGACAAUCUUACAGCGUGUCGCAGAAUAAAAUAAUGCACCUACCCGCUCCAACCCCUGGCACACCUAGCGUAAAAAAUAGGAUUAGUAAAUUAGAAACUCAGGGACAGAAGAGGAAGGGUCUAGUACUCAAUUUAACUAAUCAAUUUGAAGCGGCUAGCAGUAAACCAUCAUCGCCAGGAUCCGAUACGGACGCGAAAUCUCUGCCUCAAAGUUCGAUUGCGGAGGAUAACGCGAAACCAAUCGAGAACGGUCAUUCGUAUUACGAGCAGGAAACACAAGGUAUUACAGCUUCCGUUUCGAGCGGUCUUUCCGAGAAAGAAACUUGGGAUCCCGGUGAAGAACAAAAGGUAAAGAGAAAAGAGAUGAGUCAGGAGUCCACUGAGAUCAACGAUAACAGUGAAUGUCUAGUCUGGACUGCAUCCGCGGAUGCAACAUGCGCUGAUUUGUGUGAUGACAAUAAAAUUGACAAAGGCGUGAAUGUAAAAAGUGAGUGUAACGUGAGUGUAAUGGCGGAUACGACGAUUGCAACGUCGAUCACAGCGACGAUGACAACUACGACGACGACUACGACGACGACGACGACGACGACGACGACAACGACGACGUCGUUAUCGACGUGUCAUGAUGGUUUAGGAAAGAAAAUAAAAAAGGAUGGCGAUCCAUUCAGCGCCCAACUCGAUCGAGUAUUCGAUCGUGAGGAAAGACGGGGUGAACCUGUCACAAGGGAAUCUCCGAGUCGGCAAAGUUCCUGGAGUAGUUACGACAGCGCAGUGGUUCUUGACAACAAUUCGGUGCACAGCUCGUGGGCUACCUUGCCGUCGAGAAACAGUUCCUGGGGCUCUUAUGACAUGCGACCAUCCGAUCUACUCGGAUCCAGUGGUCUGUUCCCGUACGACAAAGAGGAAAUCCCUUGGCAUCCGGGGACGGUAAAACGCACUAAGCAGAAAUUGGAGGAGGGUACGAUCGCAGGCGAGGUGAAGCGCGUGUGCACGCAGAGCUCAACGAUCGCGGACGAAAAGAGCGAUAGGCUAACUACUGAAAUAGAUUCUGUUGUCGAGACGUAUAAUCCAAUGCUGUUGCAUCACAUGCCAUCGCCGACACCGCGAAGAAGGGACUCGUCGCCUACUCAGGAACAUAAUCUUAAAGUAGAAACAAAUAGAAAUUCGCCGAGCCCGGUAGGUAGCAUCGACAUCUCCCUUACGUCCAUGCGUCAGAUUGGAAGACUAUCUACAAGCGCUCCCGCGCCGUCCUCCCUGCCCUCCGAGUCCGAUCUGCCUCUAUCUCUGAGAUCUUGCAGAUCAGAAAGCGAGACGUCCAGUCCAUGCGUCGUUAACACUACCCAGUGCCCUUCUGUAAAACACCACAAAAUGGUUUUGGAAAAUCUCUGCAACAAAUCUGUGUUCAGUAAGCGCUGUCUCUCCGUGGAUGAUUCUCCGGAAGCAGAGUGUCCUCGUAGCACGUCUGGUAUAGUUAAAAAUCUGAAGAAAGAAUUUGAGGCGAAGUCGACCAAGUUGGAGAGGAGUCCCGAAAAUGCAUGCGAGGGCGAAAAUGCAUCGGUGACAGCACGACCCAAAAGGGAUGUAAAAAUCAGGAGUUUGCCUUCAUCGCCAGUGAUCCCGCACAACGAGUCCAAAAUCCAAUCGUCGUCCAGCGUUGGCGAAACCAAAGACAACAAGCAUGGCAGGAGAAGCGAGACAACGCCACCGUCAUCGCAGGAUAAUGUGGAAGAUCUCUCUGUUAGAGUAUUGGUGGGGAAGUAUGAAGUUGCCAGGCCAGAAUCCAGGAAGAGCUCGGACAUUCAGUUGCGCGCGCACAAAGAUAAGGAUUGGGACGCCAUGGAGGUGCAUCCGCCAGCAAAAUCGAAGAUCGCGCCCGAAUUCUCGAGAAGGUCAGCGCCGAUUAUGAUUAACAAUCACUCUACACCUCUGUUCAACGAGACGCCGGAAGCCCCCGGUAGGCCGCCGGCAGUACCUUCGCCUAGCGUAGUCAUGGCCAGCGUAGUGGCUAAAGCAGCUAGUAAAAAGCAGCAGCAACAUGGUAGAACCCAUCCUCUCGCUAGGUUACAGGUCAGGCCUAGGCACAGCAGUCCCGUUUACAACACCAUGUAAUACAAGAGGCGACGCUCUUUUGUUUUCGCUCGCGGAUUCUUAAGCGCAACACGAGCGCAGCGCAUCUAAUCCGGACGAGAGUACUCAUGCAAUCACGUGAGUACAUCGCCGUGACGAUGAAAUCGUGUGAUCUCUUUAUGUUGGCGAUGAAGAUUGGUUUUCGGAGCCAAGACGGUUGCGCCUGUUGUUCUAAGAGUAGAUCUUUUUUUCGUUGUACUCUUUUCUUCGUCGUUAUCGCUACAAUAUCUCGUACAAGCGUCGUCCUGUUCACCAAGAAAAAUGAUUUGUCAUUUCGAUAAUGUAUCUUAUUAUUUAUAAGACGAUAAUCUCGUACAAGUGUUUGGAUUUUUUUACUGCGAAUUAACGACAGGCGCUUUAUGUUCCUUCUCGUCAACGUGUUUCUUGGCUUGACGUUAGUUCAAUUAUUUUAAGCUGGAAAUGCAACAAUCACGAGGCUGCGCGUCGAGAAGAGGGUCAACGUAAAUUCAGGAAGGGAUAAUUGCGGCGGGAUUAUUCUACGUCACUUUGUCGUAAGCUAGUGAACUCGGAAUCAAACAUGAUUCGUGUUAAAUAAAGUAAUCGCGAGUAUUGUGCGGGUGACUUAACGAAGGACAGCAUGAAAGUUUUAGUUCGCAAGAAAAGAAGAAUAAAAGAAAAAGAACCGAGUGCUCAGUCAGGCUGUGAAUGUAAGGUCUGAGCCUCGGGCAUACGCUGACCUUUCUUCUGCUUCGCUUUCUUGAUCUUUUUUUUUUUUUUUUUUUUUUUUUUUUUUUCGUCGAUUAUGAUGUUAUCGCGCGAGACGAUAAAUCUCUGAUCUUCGAAGCGACUUUGUCGAUUUUGUCGUAACGGGAAAAGUUAUUAUAUGACGAGACCUCGAGAUAAUGUAAUAUUAAGCCACACUAUUAGUAAUUUAUAGGUGAUAAUGUGAUGUAGAGUGAUGUACAGUAUGCGAGAACACGAUGUAGCGAAGUGUGUUUUCUGUUGAGCGACUGUUUUCGGAAGCAUGAGUGCAUACGGAAGGGGGUACUGAAAUUCACGAGCUUCUAAUCGUUUCCGAACCUCGAAAAUGAUUCCUCUUAAUCUUCUGUGUCAACGGCCAUAUUUUACAUGAGCGUGAGAGUUAAUACAAAAUUAGUUAGUUGAAGAUAUAAUAAUGUCAUAAC